AUGAACAACGACGUUAGGCAUGUCGUUUGGUGGUUUGCGGUUUUAUGCGUUGGAUUCGCAUUUGCUGCAACAUCAGAUAAACAAAUAAAACUUGAAGAUAUAGAAAAAGACACUUUGAGAGCCGCACAACAAGUAAAAGCAGAAAAACAACAGCAACAACAGCAACAACAGCAACAACAACAACAACAACAACCGUUUAGACAACAAUAUCAUCAAUUUAAUCCUAAUCAACAACCAGGUUUACCUUAUCAGGUACCUUACGUACAAUAUGUCUUACCUCAACAGUAUUUCCAAUUCCCAGGAAAUAGUUUGGGAGGUGUUGAAUUUGCAUCCCCUUCCGGUGGACAAAGUGGUUAUCAAACUUAUUUAAAUCCUUUCCUAACUUCCGUAUCUGGAUUUCAAAAUGGACAAUCAGUUAAUGCAGUUCCAUCAUCAACUAGUCAACCUGUUUUAAUGACUUUUGCUUCUCCAUUACCUGCAUAUCAACAACCACAAUAUACUGGUGCCGUUCGAUAUUAUGCAACUCAAUCACAACAACCGCAACAACAGUAUUACUACGCUCCACAAGUUGUUAAUCAGGGUUCGACUGGACAAUAUACAAACGCGGCUCCUUCUCAACAAUACGUUCCUCAAUAUCAACCCGUUUCGGCUCCAGUUUCGGCUCCAGUUUCUGCACCUGUUUCCGCACCAGUUUCAGUUCCAGUUUCCGCACCAGUUUCAGCUCCAGUUUCCGCACCAGUUUCAGCUCCAGUUUCGACCCACGUUCCCUCUCACGUUUCGGUUCCCGUUCCCUCUCCCGUUUCGGUUCCAGUUUCGGCUCCCGUUUUGGCUCCAGUCAAUACCGCAGCUUACAAUCCAUAUCAAGUAACAAGUCCUCAAAGUUUUCAACAUCAAACCUACAACACUCAACAACUCAGAUACAAUCCAGUUUACAAUCCACAAGUAAAUUCUCCAGUCACGGUUGCACCAAGUCCUCCACCACAAAGUUAUGCAUCUGUAAAAGGUCCACAAUUUUUCCAGUCACAAUCUGUACCAAGAACUCAAUACACUCCAGUUCAAUCGACGACAUUAAGUCCACUUCAAACAAAAUAUUUAAAUUCGCCACAAUAUCUUGCACAACAUUAUAAUACAAUUCAAAAUAGUCAAAUCAGUACGAAGGCUCCAUUUUCAUCUGGUGUAAAACCAACGGUCAGUCCGGUUUUAAAGGGAUCUGGAAGCUUCUUGAGCGGUGGCAGCAGCAGCAGCAGCAGUAGCGGUGCUAGUACUUAUUUACAAAAUAAUUAUCAAACAGGUUCUACAUACAACGCUCCAACAUUUCAAUCGUACAAAAGUUUACCCGUCAUGACCUCAGAUGAAAAUUUCGUUAUAUUUUCCUAA